UAAGAAACAUUUAAACACAAUUCUUUUUUCUACCAAUUAACUGCGACCUUUUCCAUUUUAUCUUUUGUCUUUUAAAUAGAAGAUUUUUUUACUUGUUUCAGUGCCUGCAUAAUACUAAUAGCUAAAACUAAAACGUUAUAUUGUGAUGGCAUACGUCAUAAAAUUUAAAAACGCGCGAAUUUCCGUAAAGUAAAGGCAUAAAGGAACUAGUUUUCUUGAAUUAUUCAAACACAUUGCUGAAAUUAAUCAUUGAAAAAUACUGAUUUGGGCUAUAAGAACAGUUUGUACAAAUAAGUGAAAAAUUUUAUGAUGACUACCAACGUUGCGAGUCCUAGUCCUAACAAAGGAGAAAGAAAUCUUGCUGGUGAAGCUGUAAAUUACCUUUUCCAAGGUAAAAGGCACCUCCUUGUACAAGAUUAUCCAUCAGCUGUCUCUAGCUUUCAAGAGUCAUGCAAGUUGUUUGCAGAAAAAUAUGGAGAAACAGCCAAUGAAUGUGGAGAGGCAUAUUUUUUCUAUGGAAAAGCUCUUUUGGAAUUAGCAAGACUUGAAAUGGGUGUCCUAGGGAAUGCACUUCAAGGGGUUGCAAGUGAAGAAGAAGAUGACGAAUCAGAAGAUGAUCAAGUUGAAAAUCCAGAGAGUGUAACUGAAGAGGAAGAAGAAAAUUCUCAAGAUGAAGAGGCAGAAGAGGAAGAUUUGGAAGAAGAUGAACAGAAGAGUAAGAUAACAGAAAAAGAAGAUAGUGCAGAAAAAACUGAGGAGGAAGGAGGAAGUGGGAUAUCAGAGGACCCACAACCUGGUACCUCAUCGGGGGAAGGAUCUAAAGACAAAGAUGAGGAAGAAGAUGAAAUCUCUAAUCUACAGUUAGCAUGGGAAUUUCUUGAAUUGGCAAAGCUCAUCUUCAAAAGACAAGCUGAGGGUGGUGACCCCUUAAUUCAAUUGAAGACAGCAGAAAUAAUGCUUAAGCUUGGUGAAGUCAGCAUAGAGUCAGAAAAUUAUCGUCAGGCUUUAGAUGAUCUGAAUGAUUGUUUAAAGCUGAGGAAAAAUUUGCUUCAACCUGAUGAUAGAAACUUGGCUGAUACCUUUUACCAACUUGGACUAGCCUAUUCAUUUGAUAAUCAAUUUGACACUGCUGUUGAACACUUUGAGAAAGCUAUUCAGGUGAUAGAAGACAGAAUAAUAAACUUACAAAAAUUAUUGAAGGAGAAACCAGAAAGUAACCAGGUGGAUUUUGAAUGUGGUAUUGAGAAAGAACUAGAAGAAUUAAAAAACAUUAUUCCAGAUAUCAAAAGUAAGAUUGAAGAUACAGCAGACAUGAAAAGAAAUGCUGAGGAGGUCGUAAGAGAAGCUGCUGCUGAAAGACUUCGAGCAGCACAACAGGAGUUAACUUUACUGAAUGCAGCUGGUGACAGUAGUUCACAGAGUACUUCUCCUACAAAAGCAACUACAAACAUUACCCACUUAGUCAAGAGAAAGAGAAAAGCAGAAGAUGAAAAACCGUGUGAUCUUCAAGCAAAGAAAUCUCAUACAAACAUUGAAAGUAAAUCAGCUCUGAAUGGUGAUAAAAAUUAUGAAGUACAAAGUAAAAUGGAUGACACUGAGAAACCUAUUGAGCAGCCAGCAGAGAGAGCCACAAGUAAUCAAGCAGUGGUUUGAUAGGAAGAAGUUAAUUUCCCAUCAUUGUUAUAAAGAAAUUAUAUACAAUUGUUUACUCCAUGUAUAUAUAUUAAAAAAAAAAGUGUCCAUGUGGGUUUUGUGAGAACAAGAUGUUUUCAAAUACAUCAUAAUUUUUUUAAAUGUUGACAUUGUCCAUUUAUAGUGUGCAAGUUUUGAGGGUGGUUGUUCUUUUUUUUUACAUGUUCUGUGUAUUCAAUAUUCGUUUUCUUUAAUAUAGACAAAAAAAUUUUCUUGUAUUU